AUUAUUGCAGAUGCUAUUGAACUUAAAAACAAAAAUAAUGCAUUAAAUUAUGCUAAAAAAUUUUAUAAAGAUACUAUUGAUACUGAUCUUAUUAAGUUAGGAGCUUAUACAUAUGCAAAAGUUUUAAUACAAUAUGAAAUGCAAAAAAAAACAAAAGAAAUGUUUAAAAUAUCAUUUUUUGAAG